AAAUAGUUGCACGGCGCAGUUCACAGCAGCAGCAGCAACAGCAACAGUUUCCAAUCGUCAUCGGUCGUUGGCUGUUUUGGUUGUUGUCGUCGUCGUCGUUGUCGUCGCUGCCGACGUCGUUUGCGUUGUCGUCGACAUCGUUUUCGUGCUUUAUAGCGUUCACUCAGAAGUCGUUUAGAAUCGCUGCCAUCGUUGUCGUGGUCGGUAUUGGGUAUUCGAUAUCGGAUUGUGCUUUCUGUGCUCUGCUGCUGUGUUGUCGGUGCCCAUUUGAAGCACACUCACAAAUUGCUAGCGUCAUCGUCAUCGUCGUUUCUCUGUCGCUGUCGUCGGCGUGGAUAACUUUGGACGACGACGACGCGUUACCCGUACGCGCAAAAACAAAAACACAAACGUUUAACGCUAUAAACACAAGUGGCUCGGCCGGAUCCGGAUAGACGGAUGGACGGAUAGACGGACACACGGACCGUCGGACAGAAGAUAGUGAAGCAUAUUUCGGACGUUUGAUAUAUAUCGAAAAGUCAAAUUCAAUUUACGCGCCGGCUUAUUAUAAACUUACAACAACAACAACAACAACAACAACAAUAAAGGGUGCAAAAAGGUGCUCCUCUAAACAUAAUCAACCAAAAAAUAAAAAAAAGGAUAUGUGAAUCAAUUACAAGCACACAACAAAUAUAACGUGACCUUUUAACUUAAAUCUAUAUAUAGAAAACAAAAAAAAAGAAAAAACAAUAAUAAAAGUGAAGAAAAAAGCAACCAAUCAACGUUUAAUUGGAUUUUCUCUGCUCGCCUUGACUUUUCGGAUACAAUUAACCAUUCAGACGCCCUUCGACUUUCCACUGAGCCACCACGCCCACUUAACAGGCCAAUUAAAGUGCGCCCCCUAAAUGAUGCCCGAAACUGAACGCGACUCGUUGGUGGCAGCAGAAAUGAUCAGUGGUGUCUUGCCCCACGCUUAUGGCAGCAUCGUCAAGGAUAAGCAGCAGCAACAUCAACAGCAACAACAUCAGCAUCAACAGCAGUUGCAGCAACAUCAGCUACAGCUGCUGCAGCAACAGCAGGAGCAUCAUCAGCAACUGCAAUCAUUGGAGCCAAUUCUCGCCACAUCGCCAUACAAUAUGGCUAUCAAUUCGUAUGUCUACAGCAGCUCACUGAGCAUACCUCCCACAUCAGCGGCGACCAUGGUCAGUCCCAGCAGCAAGGAGAAGAUGGUCAAUUUGUUGCGCGUGCGCGACAACAACAACAGCAGCAACAGCAACAACAGCAAUGGCAGCAACAGCAGCGUUAGUCCCAGUCCCAUCUCCGCCAGCAAUUCGCCAACAACGUUUCUGCAAAAGCAACUCGAGGCACCGCCCAGCAGUCGCCAAGCAGCGACAACAGCAGCAGCAACAGCAACACAACAGCAACAGCGACGCUCCAUGACGCCCUUUGGCAACAGCAACAGCAGCAGCAGCCAAGCGGCUAGCUGGCAUCCACAUGUCUAUGCACGUCCGCCCAAUCGUCCCACGCCGCACUCCAUAGCCGACAUACUGGGCAUGGACACGGCCGAGAAGUUGGCGUACUUUGGCGCUGUUGCUGCUGCCUCAGUUACCGCCAACAGUUCGGCGACAUCACCAAAGAGCAUACUGCGCAGCAUUGAGCAACAGUAUGCGCAGCAGCCACAGGAGCAGGAGCAGCGCACACAUCGUAGCGCUUCGAUGAGCGAUGCCAGCGAAGAGGAGACGACCUUGAAUGUGACAGCAACAGUUGCAGCAGCAGCAACCGUACCAACAGUACCAACAGCGGUACCAACUCCAACAGCAACACCAACAGCAACCCCAUCAACUGCUGCACUCGAUCAGCCAUUGAAUCUGUGUGUGGCCAAAAAGUCGCGCGACAGCAACGCCUCAUCUCCGAUGCCGGCAGCCAGGCAGAACCAAGUGCUGGCCAAGACGACAGCCAGCAACAAGAAGGAGAACUCGGGCAAACCGGCUGCGAAAAAGAAGAAACUAAUGUCUGGCAACACAUCCGCCGAUCUGCCGCCGGAUAUAAGUCCCAAUACCAGCAGCGAUAGUCUAAUGCGAGAUCGUCUCUUGGCCAACAACAGUUCCCCGCAUAGUUCAACUCAAUUGAACAACAACAACAGCAGCAGCAUUAACAACAGCAAUCUGGAGACUACUGAGGAUGACUCUGAUUCGGGUUCAACGGAUGCCAGACGGAAGAAGAAAGCACGAACCACAUUCACGGGUCGCCAGAUCUUUGAGCUGGAGAAACAAUUCGAGAUCAAAAAGUAUCUUAGCUCAAGCGAACGUACCGAAUUGGCCAAGCUGCUCAACGUGACCGAAACACAGGUGAAAAUAUGGUUUCAAAAUCGACGAACAAAGUGGAAAAAGCAGGACAAUGUCACAAAUAACGAGGCUGCCGAGCACAAAUCGUCCAACAAACCGGCAGCAGCAACCGCAACAACGGAGCAGCAGCAAGGCAAAACAAAUAGCAGCAGCAAUAGCAACAAUAAUAAUGUCAACGAUGAUGGUUCGAACUCUGCUUCGUUUACGGCCAAUGCUGUGGAAACAACUCCAAAAAAGUCGUCCAACGGCCAGACGGAGAAACAUCGUGGUAAUAGCAGCAGCAACAACAACAAUAAUAAUAACAACAACAUCAGCAACUCUAACAACAACAAUAAUAAUAACAAUAGCAGCAGCAAUAACAACAAUGCGUUAGCUGCAGCCAAAAAUAAUGUCGAAAGCAAAUUGCAAACAAAGCACUCGACGACAAAAAUUAAAAAACAAUUGCUAGAGAAGACCUCAAAAGCCACAACAAACAGUCCGACAACCAAUGGCACGGGCAGCAGCAAUAAUACCAGAGAAUCAGCGACAAUUGCUGGGAGCAACAGCAGCAGCAGCAACAACAACAACAACAAUAUCAAUAGUAGCAGCAACAACAAGACAACAGAGAAACGCAACACCAACAACAAUAACAUAGGAGAAGCAUUUCAUCACCAGCAUCAGCAUCAUCAUCAUCAUCGACUGCAUCAACAUGCCAUACCAUUAACAGUGGAGCCGGCGGCACCAUUGGAGCAAACUGAGAAGCUGGACAUCAAGCUGGAGGAGUCGCCAGCGUUGAGUCUGCAACAUGUUGCAGCUGCAGCAGCAGCAGCGGCGGCGGCAGCCUCGUCAUCGUCAUCAUCGGGGCAGCAGGAGAAUGGUCACAGCCCACAGGCGACGGAAAUGGAUUUCGAGAGUAAAUUGGCUGCCUCAAAGAUAUUGGCCAUGGCCAAUAACAAGUUGCAGGUGAAUGCUGUCGAUGCGCAGCUGAAAAACGAAAGCGAAUCGGAGGAUGAGGAGACGGCCAGCGAUCCAGGCACUUCGACAGAGGCGCAGGAUUCGCAGGAUCAAGAUGUGCAGAUGCGUGAGAUUUAAGAAAAGCCUCCUCCCCCACUUUCUCACCCCACACCCAACACACAUAGCCAGUCAAAUUAAAACUUGUGCCAAAAAGUCGAAUAUUGCUCAAGCACAUGUUGUGUGCUUGUUAGUCUUAGGCAUUUACAUACUAUAUAUUUAUGUAAUUUAUUGAAUCCAUGCAUACACACCACAAACAUAACUCAUUUAACCGCCUCAACUGCGAUCGAAAUGAAUAGGCCGUUAAGCAAAAAGACGUUAAGGGAGCAACCGAAUUUAUGCCGCCAAGAAGUGAAUUAAUAUUUUUUAUUUCUGUUUCAUAAUUAUUUUAAAUAGAUGCGAAAAGUAAAUUAUUUUUUUGUAUAU